GUUGGUACAUAUAGAUGAUUACUUCUCUUCUUCAAAAAUCUCUUAUCACACAUUCAUACAUCUCUGCAAGUCUUGUUUCUCUCUCUAAAACUGAGAGGUAGAGAUCGAAGAAGGAUACAUAUAUAUAUAUGUAUAUAUAAUGGUGGAUGUUGAAAGAGUAUGUUGCAUGUGCGGUGAUGUUGGUUUCUCUGACAAGAUUUUCCGAUGUACAAAGUGCCACCACCGCUUCCAACACUCGUAUUGUAGCAACUAUUACAACGAAUCAGGCGAUCCACCGGAGGUCUGUGAUUGGUGCCAAGCAGACGACAUUAAAAGCUCCAAACAUGGAGGCUCUUCCAAGAAACGGGCGGGUGUCGAUCGUCGGUCGGAGUAUUCGGGUGACAAGAUUAAGCUGCAUGACCGCGAAGAAGGAUCGGAGAAGAGGAAGUCGCCGACCGGAGCUCCUUCUCCGAGGACUAGUACUCGAAGGUACAAGCUUCUUAAAGAUGUCAUGUGCUAGAACUAGUUGAUGAAAAUAUUGUUAAUAUGUGUAUAAAUAAUAAACAUAAUUGUUUCUUUAAGAAAAUAAAAUGGUGUGCCAAACAUGAGGUCUUUUUGAGUUUUUUCUUAUGUUA